AUGAUUAAUGACGCCCUUGGAAUAUUCGAAUUAAGAAAUACAAAUCAAAUUUACGCAAAAGGUGUUGUCAAAAACGAUGGCCUUACUAUUACUAUUAAAGCAGAGGACAAAACAAAUCCUGCCUCUCUGCGACGCAGCGGCUACUGUUCCAUUAAAAUUAAUGUCCUGAGUGAUUCCAAAAUUAAGUUUCAGCAGAAUUCAUAUCAAGUUUCAGUUUUGGAAAAUCUACAGGCACCAUUUCAAGUCUUUGAUGCCUCCACUAAUACGCCGAACAGCGAUGUCAUUCUAAGUAUCCAGUCAGUCACUCCAAAUUCAGGAAAUGGUUUGUUUUACUUGAACCCAAUCACCGGAUCUCUUGCUGUUGGCAAAACCUUAACACUCGACACACAACCCGAAUAUAAAAUUGUUAUUAAAGGUACUGAUAGAGGGCAACCUGCGCUGUCUGGUUUAUCGACGUUGACUGUCAAGGUCAUUCGCAAUGCUCGUGCUCCAAGUUGUCCGGCUUUGAAAAAAGUUACUAUUUCCGAAAUAGUAGCUCCCAACACCUUCGUGGCCACUUUAACAGCAACGGAUACUGAUCCAAAUGAAUUUGGCAAAAUUUCUUAUAGUCUCAUCGGCGAAGCCAAUGUACCGACUUAUUUCCAAAUUUCAUCGACUGGUACGAUUACUACGAAGACUGAUUUGAAGACCGAUUCUGUUUUAUUAUACAAGCUGCUCGUUGAGGCUAAAGAUGGCGGCGGGAAGAAGUCGAUUUGCACUGCAGAAGUGACCGUUAACCGAAAUCUGAACAGCCCAGUUCUGAGGACGCUGACAUACACCAAAAUCGUGGAUAGUACUUAUUCGUUAAAUACCCCACUCUUGAAAAUAGACGCCACUGAUGCUGAUUCCCAGGUUAGUUCAUGUAUACUCUCUCUCUCUCUCUCUCUCUCUCUCUCUCUCUCUCUCUCUCUUGGAAGAUAA